UUAGAUUUGUAGUUUUGAAUAAAACGUCCCCACAGCAUUUAAACUUUUGCUUGGCAACUGGCAUUCCAAGACGCCUGUGCGUUUCGUUCAUCGCUUAGAUAUGAGUGUUCUCUCAGGGUUACGGACUAGCGUGUUAUCUCACAAGAAGUGAUUCCGGUUCAGUGGGAAGGUUUGAACGGCUCUCUGGAAAGAGACCAUUGUUGUAAUCAGGUCGAGGCUGCUUCAAUUUCCACUUGCCGACUCUUUUAGUUUUUGUUUUUCUUGGGUUUACAGCUGGAAAACUGGACGAGCGUUUUAUAGUGUCAUGAGAGAGAUGUCAAGCACCAUGCCGGGUGGGCAGCAGCCUCAGAAACACUAUGGUAUCACUUCUGCCAUUAGCCUUGCACCGCCACGAGAAAUUGACCACCAAUACACCAAAAAACUCUGUGAUGCUAUGAAACCUUUUGGGGUGUUUGAAGAUGAAGAAGAAUUGAACCACAGGCUUGCAGUUCUUGGAAAGUUAAAUAACUUUGUUAAAGAGUGGAUUGCAGAGAUCAGUGAAUUAAAGAAUCUUCCACCAUCGGCUAUUAGCUGUGUUGGGGGCAAGAUUUUUACAUUUGGCUCUUAUCGUCUUGGUGUGCACACAAAAGGAGCUGAUAUUGAUGCCUUAUGUGUGGCUCCACGUCACGUAGAGAGAAGUGACUUUUUCCAGUCUUUCUUUGAGAAGUUGAAACAGCAUGAAGAAAUCAAAGACUUGCGGGCUGUUGAAGAUGCUUUUGUACCUGUGAUAAAAUUCAAGUUUGAUGGAAUAGAGAUUGACCUGCUUUUUGCCAGACUGGCCUUACAAUCCAUUCCAGACAACCUGGACCUGAGGGGGGACUCCAUGCUGAGAAACUUGGAUAUUCGAUGUAUCCGCAGCCUUAAUGGCUGUAGAGUGACUGAUGAAAUUUUGUACCUGGUGCCAAACAAAGAAAACUUCAGGCUGACCCUGAGAGCCAUCAAACUAUGGGCGAAACGUCGUGGGAUCUACUCAAACAUGCUGGGUUUUCUGGGUGGAGUGUCAUGGGCCAUGCUUGUGGCCAGGACCUGCCAGCUCUACCCUAAUGCUGUCGCUGCAACACUCGUUCACAAGUUCUUCUUGGUUUUCUCUAAAUGGGAGUGGCCAAAUCCUGUGUUACUGAAACAGCCCGAGGACAGUAACCUGAAUUUACCUGUGUGGGAUCCUAGAGUGAACCCAUCUGACAGAUACCACUUGAUGCCCAUCAUCACACCUGCCUAUCCCCAGCAGAACUCCACAUACAAUGUCUCCACAUCAACGCGCACCAUCAUGAGCGAGGAGUUCAAAUAUGGCCUCAGCAUCACCGAUGAGAUUCUUCAGGGAAAAGCAGAAUGGUCCAAACUCUUUGAGCCACCCAACUUUUUCCAAAAGUACAAGCAUUACAUAGUUCUCACUGCCAGUGCAUCCACAGAAGAAAACCACUUAGAAUGGAUCGGUCUGGUGGAGUCAAAGAUCCGCGUUCUGGUAGGAAACCUGGAGAGGAAUGAGUUCAUCACUCUGGCUCAUGUCAACCCCCAGUCCUUCCCCGGGUCCAAGGAGAACCGCAAUGAGAAUGACUUUGUGUCCAUGUGGUUCAUUGGGAUUAUCUUCAAGAAAGUAGAGAAUGCAGAGAGUGUGAACAUUGACUUGACAUAUGACAUCCAGUCCUUCACAGACACUGUGUACAGACAAGCCAACAACAUCAACAUGCUGAAGGAUGGGAUGAAGAUUGAAGCAACACAUGUAAAAAAGAAACAGCUCCAUCAGUAUCUUCCUCCUGAAGUGGUGCAGAAAAAGAAGAGGAGCAUAGCAGAGUUGAACCGUAGCUCUAACGGCGGGAGCUCUAAGCGGAUCUCUCUGGACAGCAGUCACCUGGACAGCUCCAGAGACACAGACUCGGGGACACCUUUUAGCUCCCCAGCCGAAAAACCUUCCAAACCUGCAUCUGACACAGAUGACAGUGUCAGCCCUCCUAAGCAGCUUUUUACAGAAGGCUCCCCAGCACCCAGUGCAGCACCAGCUGCUACGGACCAGGGGAUGUCUAUUCCUGUUAUCGGCUCAAGCAGCAGCAGCAGCAGCAGCAGCAGCAGCACCACCACCACAGUGCUUAGCAGCGGCGAGAAUCCCGACGCCUCCAACAGCCCCAAAGAGGAGCCCAACGGCCUGGAGGACACCGUCAACGGAGCGGUCGCCAAGAGACCACAUUCACCUACACAAGAGGACCUGGCCAAGAGGCACAAAGACACAGAGGAGGUGUCCAAUGACGACUCCUUAUUUAAGGAGCCGUAUCCACCAUCCUCUGACUCCCAUGCACAAGGCGAUGGACCUAAUGUUACCCCUUUUUCUGGAUCAAAAGCUAAACCCAUUCCAACAAUUGAUACCUCAAGAACACAGAGACUUCCCAGCAUGGAACUCCCAGAUGCCUCCUCCCCACUGCCAGCCAGCAACAGCUGCCGUGUCGUGAAAAAUUCAAUUAAACUGGCCCUCAACCGCCACAACAUCACACCUCCCAAGGCCCCAAUGUUUGAGGGAACCCUUGCCACGGACACUCCUCCUACCAGUGAAGAGAAGGGCAUGUCCAUUCCAGUCAUUGGCUCAAAACACGUGUCCUCCAAAAGCGUGGUGCCGCCUGUCGGCAGCUCCAUCCCCACGUUAGUGAGUCGAGGAGCUGACCCGCUUAACGGAGCAUCUUCCAAGAGACCCCUCUCCCCCUCUCUGGAGGAGCAGGCCAAGAGGCUGAAAGAAACGGAGAAGGCCAGAAUCCACAUAUCCUGAACACGAUUAACAGACUGGAUUCACACACACACGCGCAGGUGAGGCUUUACAGUCAGGUCAAACACAGAGACAGUGACUUUACACGAGGACAGGGAGUGCGUCCUGAUUAGUUAGUCUCGAGAGUGAAGCGGCAGGACAGACGCCUCACCUCAAAUCUUCACGGAUUACAGAUUUACCAAUGGAUUGGUGAUUUGGUCAAUGUUGCCUCUGCCCUGCGUCACUUUCUGCGAAGAGGGCAUUUAACACAACUUCAUGGAGAAAUACGCAUCAUUUUUUUUAUACUCUUCUUUCCCUGCAUACACUGCAGUAAUGGAAAAUUACUUAUCUUUAUUUUUCCGGUUAACACAUUUAAAAACAUCCCAAAACAGUUAAAACAUGCUAUAUGCACUUCUGGUUUAUGCCAAUUUUCGUUUUUUCCUCGUCUCUCCCAAACAGAAACUUGUACAGUAAAUGUUUAUGUACAUAACUUUUUUUUUUGUCUUUAAAAAAAAAAGAGCAAAAGAUGACUGUUUAAGUCUUUUGAGCAUUCUAUUGUAGUUUUAUCUAAAAAGAAAAAAAAAGUUUAAAAAAUUGUAAUUUUUUCCCCCUGUACUGCUUGUGCAAAAAGUGUCUCCAGUGCUGGAUAUUUUUUGUAAACAUUGUAUAGGUUUGGAUACAGUUGCAGGGGCGGAUUUAUCGAUGGGUUUGCUUAUGACAGAACAGCCGCGACUCUUUUGGGCCCCUCAUGUUUCCCCAAAGAGGACUCCAGAUUAUUACUGGAUGUGCGGUGUGUUGGUUAUGAUAGAUGCCCAGUGACAUCAGUGCUUCUCAGGUCAGACCAGCAGGAGCAAGAAUACAAGUGACAACAAAUGGAAGCAUUGUGGAUUGUUUUGGAACUGAACAAAUGGGUCUGAAAUUUUAUUUAGCUCUUGAAAGGUUUAGUACAGAACAUAAGAACUAUGUCAGAACGCUCCGCUAAUCGCUCCAUUCAGCAUCGUCGGUGUCGCACCUACUGUCCAUUGCAUUAAAAGGGUUGUUGGGUUUGCUUACUUUUCAUGGCGUGUUAAAAUCCAGUGUCUGAUAAGUGGUUGUCACUUAUAGUGAAAGCGGUAGUUUUGUGUUUGAACAGAUGUUUUGGUCCUGCAAAGUUCCCCUCCAGUUCAACAGGAUGACUAAACGGUAAAAUCAGUUCAGGAUAUGGCUUGUACCAAACCCCACACCACCACCACCACCACCACCACCACCAACUCUUCAGCAUGGUCUGUUUGCUCAGAGUCCUGGUUGUUUUUCCCUGUUCGUCGUCUAUGAAAGAGUUAGUGGUGCUACGUGAAGAAUGGUUGGAGUCUUUUUGACAAGUUGCGGCAGUUUGUGUGCGUAUGCAUGCGUUUGUGGUCGACUGUGUGAGCGUGCAUGCAUAGACGGUGUAUGUGUUGGAGAGAUGGAAUUCCCUUGGUUUUGGGUGUUAACUCUCCACGCCUCCUGUGGAGGUUCUUAAAGGCAUCUCCUGGGGCCACAGGUGGGGGUGGGGUUAGGAGACAACUUUUUCCUGCCCUUGGCCCCGAUCCUCCAUCUUCAUGGUGUGAAGCUGGGUUUCUCUGUGUUGGCCUUCAGCACAGAGCUUAUAUGUAUAAUAAGUGUAAAGUGAUGCUUAAGAAGUGCCCUCUUCAUUGAGGCUCUCUACAGGCUCUUUUUUUCCAGCAUCAGUUUCCCCAACAAAAUGUACAGAAAACUUUUCUUUUUUUUUCAAAACAAACAAACUCAUUACUGGGGGUUUUCUUAUCACUUUAUUUAUAUUUGCAUAUUUGUAUCGUGAUCUUUUUUUAAUAGCAUUCAUAGCAGGUAGGACUUUUUUGAAUGAAAUCUGCACCACUCUUUCAGACGACCCGUUUUUCUGCUCAGAAACAUUUAACAAAACAGGCCAUUUAGAUGUUUGUUUCUAAAAUGUAUUGAAAGGGUAUUUUUGUAUGUGUUUAUCACUUCCUUUAAAUGAAUCCGUACACCAAUUAAACCCCUAAAAACUA